AUGGAGACAUUUUGGAAUGAACUAGAUCUUGAACAAAAUGAUUGGCUUGGUCUUGCAAGUAAACUACUUCAAGAAUUAUUUUGUAAAGAAUUUUUAACACCAUUGGAACAAACCGAUGCAUUCUACAGUCUUGAAGUCGAUCAUUUAAAUUUGUCUAAAUAUGCGCAAAUGAUUGAUGAAGCUAAUAUACACGAUGAUCUUGACGUUGUUACAAGUGUCUAUCUACCCGAGAGUAAGUAACCUAGUGAAAACUUCUGUGAUAGAAAUCCGUUUAUAAUUCAAAAUCCUAUGGGCAUAAAUGAUUAUUGUAUAACAAAAGUAAAUUUUAACUGAUUAAAGUCGGAUUUUUGGCUCGAUUAUUAGCAUUUUCUAAUUGAUUUUAAUUGGUGAUUAUAGAAAACAAAAAACGAUAAAUAGUUCGAAGGAUAUAUUAGUUGUGGGUGUGAGGCUGAGGAUGUUUAUUUCUAUCUUUUUAUAACUCUGUAGUUAAGUCUUGCUCGAAUUCGGAUUCAUAUUAUUUAUGCUUUUAUGUUUUUAUAACUUUAAAUUUGUCAAACGUCUCGCCACUCGUCUGGCCGAUCGAUAAUCGGAAGAUUGCAACUAACGGGUAUGCCAUAAAUAAUUGAUACAGCCAGUAUUUCGUCAAUAUCUCGGAAAUUUUUCAUUGUAAAAACUUGAACGUAGCCUCAAAAGAUUUUUCGUUUAAUUCUCCACAAAACCCUAUGAAAAGGACACACACAACAAAUAACCGUGAAUUCAUCGGCUUCAAUGAGCCCCAUUAUAAAGUUUGUACACUUAUGACAAAGCUGUUCUUGACAAUUUUAUUUUGCAAAGGUGCAGAAAAAUGUUU